AUGUGUCUCGCUGAAGAUGGAUCAUCUUCGCCGCAGGAGGCUGUGUCGCCUCGUUCGCCUUGGAUGAAGCUCUUAAAACGUCAGAGCUCUAAGCCGAAGCUUCCACGGAAGGUGACUAGCUCAACGCGAGUUAAUCUUAACAAGUGCUGGUCAAAACUUGGAGAACUGAUCUCCAAUUCAUCGCCUCGCACUGACCUGCCAUCGCAAAAGACUGCAUAUCCUGAAGAACCUCUGCUAGUAUCGUUUUCUGAGUUCUUCUAUCCUGUCGAUCCGGUCAAACCGGUAGCUGUUGAAGACAGUGACAACACUGAAAACCAAAACAUCCUUAACUCCAGUAGAUACGAGUUCAUCUCUGAGGAGCUGGAGAUUAAUGACAACAUGGCGAACGAAGUUCGGGAAAUCUGCUACUCGGCGACCAAGACCAAUUGUUUCGUAUGUAAAUUCUGUUACUAA